AUGUCUUUUUUAUACAGGCAGGAAAUAAAAUCGCUACAGGAAGGAAUGCCAAAUACGUUUAUAAUCGGCAUAAUUAUACAUAGUGCAAAUGUAAAAACGUUUAUUGCCACUCAAGCAAAAUUUAACAGAGGUGAACGUAGCGUGUGGACAUUUACUUUACGGGAUACAGAAGAAGAUUUUAUUAAUGUCACAGUAUGGGGUAGUACAGAAUUUGUAAAAAAAAUAUCGUCCACAUUUAAUAUCGGAUCUGUAGUGGAAGUGAUAAGUGCAAAAAUCAUGAAACGCCAGCCUAAUGAUAAAAAUGAAUUAUUCGUACCAUCGGUAACCAGUCCUUUCACUCUAAUCGUAAACGAAGGUACAGCUCUGAUACAUAAUCACGAUGCGCCUACUCGUGAACAAUAUAAAAACUUGCUAAUGCGACCUGUCAAAAGUGUGACUUUCGCGAAAAACUUGAAAGAUGUUUUGGAUAAUAUCGAUGCUUUAUGUAAUCGCUCAGUUGAUCUUCUCGUCGUCGUCACGUUUAUCGGCGAUACACGUAAUAUAAUAACUCGGAUUGGACGAGCUUUAACAUGUCGCAGUUUCGAAGUCACAGAUGGAUCGACGGAUAAUACAGUAUCGUUGAUAUUAUGGGACAAGGAUUGGGUGGAGAGAUCCGCUUUAUGGGAACCGAAACAAACGAUAUUAUUCUUGGUUGACGUUCGCAUUGCAUACGAUGAAUAUAAAAAGAAAAUGGCAUUAAGUAUUUCAAGAAGAACGCUAAUUACAGAAUGUCCGGAUGUACCUCAAGCCGCAAGCAUUAUAAGUGCGAUACAGCAUUAUGAUCCUGAUUCCAUAUGCAGUGACUCGUUCACUAUUCCAAAUCCAAACACUAUCACGACUGUAAUGACAAUACAACAAAUCACGGAGAAGUUACAGAAAAAUUCGAAUAUGGAAGGUGAGAGAUUUCAAUUCGCAACAAUUGUGAAAGCUUCGGUGACUGAAAUGAAUUUGGAUGGUUUACUUAAAGAUUUGAUAUCUAUAAAAUGCGCUCUAUGUAAAAAGAUUGUUCCGGAUGUGAAAGAGUCUUGUAUGAAUUUGAAUUGCCCAUCAGGCAACGGAAUCCAGGCACCACUAAAUACCGUAAAAUUUAACAUAAAAAUCAAUUUGAAGGAUGACACUGGAUAUCUCAUCGGAUGUCGUUUGACUGGUGAUAUUGCAGAGCGAGUUGUUGGAUGUACAGUUGAUGAAUUUAAGGCAAUGACAGUAGAAGAACGCGCUAAAUUGAAAUGGUCAUAUUUAUUAGAAGAGUGCAACAUUCGUCUGCAUAUUAUCGGGUCGACAUCUGCCUUUCCAUAUGUUUUAUAUAACAUUUUAUCUAUUCAACAUUGUCUCGACGAGGCAACUGAACAACUUAUGCUUGAAGUUUAAACAUUAAUAUAUCUUCUUUUAGUU